AUGAGGAGGGCUUUUGCUCGGAAUCUGGGGGAGGGAUCCGUUACUCGAGCUGUGUUAGCAGGUUUAGUGCAUGGCCUUCAUAUUGCAUGGAAGAUUGGUAUCCGGCAGCUUGUUGUUGAGACAGACUCGAAGACAGCUAUUCAGUUGCUCACGUCAGCGGGAAUUCGCCAUCCACACUCAGGCCAUGAUCUCUCGCCCGAUGAUCACGAUAUCACUACUCCUUGCCCGAUGUUAUCUUAUUGGUUAUAUUAUGACUCGGUUGGGUUUAGCUUGACCCAUUUGAUUGACGUCAAUGAUUAA